CCACAACUCACUCGUUUGGCUUUUUGUGUGCGUGUGAGCCAACUGGCGUGGAUUGAAGUUUGGAAAGGUGUCAGAGGGAGGCCAGCAAAUUCUUCUCUGGAAAGGAGCGAUGUAGCAGGAGUAUUUCUUGACAUCCCAGCACAGUGGCCGCCCUGCUUCCAGGAGUUGGUCACUCCAUUGCUUACUGACAUGGAGGACUCCACAGCAGCCCCUCGUGCCCCACUCUCUGCCUCCUUCCCCUCUAUGGUGCCUUACCACACAGGUUGGAGCCUUUCACCACAGGCAGGAGCCAUGAACUUAGAGAAAGCCUUAGCAGAGGGGAACUUGUUGGUGGUGGUCUCUGUAGUCCAGGAGACUCUGAAAAUAGCAUCCAGCACCCCAGUAAAUAUUGCUGUGACUGGGGACUCUGGCAAUGGUAUGUCUACCUUUAUAAAUGCUCUAAGGGGCAUUGGGCAUGAAGAGGAGGAUUCAGCUCCCACUGGAGUGGUAAAAACCACUUACACACAUGCCUCCUACUCAUCCCUGCAUUUUCCAAAUACAUUACUCUGGGAUCUACCUGGCAUGGAGACUACUCCCCAGAACCUAGAGAAGUAUAUCAUGGAAAUGGAGUUCAGCCGGUAUGACCUCUUCAUCAUCAUUGCCUCUGAACAGUUUAGCAUGAAUCAUGUGAUGCUUGCCAAGACCAUCAAGAGUAUGAGAAAGAAGUUCUACAUUGUCUGGACCAAACUGGACACGGACCUCAGCACAAGUGUGCUCGGGGAGGAGCAGCUCCUGAAGAAUAGACGAGUGAACAUCUUGGAGAAUCUCCAGAAGGUGCAGGUGUGUGAGCCCCCCCUAUUCAUGGUCUCCAGCCUUGACCCUCUAUUUUAUGACUUCCCAAAGCUCCGGGAUACAUUGCAAAAGGACCUGAUCCACAUAAGAUGCCACGGGCCCCUUCAAAAGCUGUCUGACACCUGUGAGAAGAUCCUUAAUGACAAAGUUGUGACCCUGCAGGAGAAAAUAGAUGCACAUUCUUUCCAAGACAUCUGGGACCCAGAUGAUUUGAUGGAGUGUCUGGCUGCUUACCAAUUGCUCUUUGGUAUGAAUGAUGAAUCUAUCCAGCAGGUGGCACAAAAGAUGGGAACAGCAACCAUGGAGUACACAGCCCUCAUGAAAUCUCAAAAUCCAUGGACUUUCAGCAGAAUUGACUGCAAAAUGGCAUGCUUGACUUGUAGAGUCUUUCAGGCAUUCCUCAAUGCUUUACGUUGUAUUCCACUGUUAGGUAACCCUAUCACCAACUACUUCAGACGAAUGAAACACAAACACAUCCUUCAGAUAGUUGCCAAGGACAGCAAGGUCAUCUUGAGGAAAAUCCUGAAAGAUUCCACCAUUCCAGGCUGAAAGCAUAUUUGGGACUACACUCACACACUUGCUUGCGUGUUUUGUCUUAAUAGACAUAGCAGUUACAUAAUCUAUUGUCAAUUUGAUACUGUUAGAGUGAAGGGGUGGAGU